AUGACGGACCACGGCUGGGGUCCUGCUCCCUCGGAGCGCAACUUGGGUAGCGCGACCGCCGCUUCCGCUGGUGCCUUUGGUACCACUGAGCUUCAAGAGGCUCUUCCGGUUAACGGCAACAAGCAAGCCCAGAGCAAGCCAGAGACGCCUCCCGGCUGGGUUCAGCCCACCGCUUACGACUACACUGCCUACGGCAAAGACGACGCCAAUGAGUGGGACAGCAACGCUCAUGUCUAUGAGUGGGACGGUGAGAAUGGCGACAUUGGUCCGGAGCACCCAGCUCUUGAGGCGCAGCUGUUUGGCAACCCCGACAAGCGCGGGAAGCAGGGCAUUGAUUUCAGCAAGAUCUCCGAAAUCGAGCUGAAGCAGGAAGGACCGGCCCGAGUUCAUCCCAUUGCCAAUUUCAAGGACGCCGGCCUUCAUCCGGCGAUGCUCAAGAAUCCCAUCCACCUUGGCUACGAUGUGAUUGGCAUCGCGCAGACGGGUUCGGGCAAGACUGCUGCCUACCUGAUCCCGAUCUUGAACAAGUUGAUGGGCAAGGCCAAAAAGCUGGCUGCUCCCCGUCCGAACCCCGCCACCUUUCAGGAGGGGGUUGACCAGCGGGUCAGGGCCGAGCCUCUGGUGGUCAUCAUCUGCCCGACUCGUGAGCUUGCGGUCCAGAUCUUCAACGAAGCUCGGAAGUUCUGCUACCGCACUAUGUUGCGCCCUUGCGUCGUCUACGGCGGCGGUGCCCUGAGGGAUCAAGCCCAGCAGCUUCAGAAAGGCUGUGAUAUUCUGAUUGCUUCCCCUGGCCGGCUUAUUCACUUCAUCAAUAAGCCUGAGACCCUGACCCUUCGUCGCGUCCGCUACAUGGUCAUUGACGAGGCGGACGAGAUGUUGAUGGAUGAUUGGAGCGAGGAGUUGACGACGAUCCUGUCUGGUGGAGCUCGGGAUUUGGCUCAAACCCACCUUGCGGAGACUCAUGUUCGCCUUCGUGUCGGUCGCGCCGGCAGCUCGCAUGCGAACAUCAAACAGAAUGUGAUCUACGUCGACCCUUCCCUGAAGAAGCAGGCCUUGAUUGAUCUCAUCAAAUCUCUUCCGCCCACCCGGACCAUCAUCUUUGUCAAUUCCAAGCGCGCAGCCGAGGAGGUGGACGACUUUCUGUUCAACCUGGGCAUGCCGUGCACCUCGAUGCAUGGGGAUCGCAACCAGCUGGAGCGUGAGGCCGCCAUGCGUGGCUUCCGGGGCGGUAAGUGGCCUAUUCUGAUCGCCACUGGCGUCACGGCUCGUGGCAUCGAUGUGCGUAAUGUCAUGCAUGUCAUCAACUACGACCUCCCUUCGAUGGAAUACGGUGGUAUUGAGGAAUACACUCAUCGCAUUGGUCGGACCGGCCGUAUCGGCCACCGCGGUCUGGCGACAUCCUUCUACUCUGAUCGGGAUGAACCCAUUGCUUCGGUUCUCACCCGCACUCUCAUGGAAACUCACCAGGAGAUUCCCGACUUUUUACAGCCGUAUGUCCCCGAGGGCGCCACCGCAGACAAUCUCAAGUUCGAAGCGGAUUCCGACUUUGAGGAGGAGGCUUCGGGUGGCGAUGCUGGUGGAGAUGGUGGCUGGGGUGCUGCCGACGACAAUGCCGACAACAACGGUGACGCUGCUGCUGCUGAUGGUGUCGAUGCCGGCGGUGGUGGUUGGGGCGCUGGUGGCGAUAACAACAACGCGACUGGCAACAACACCAAUGGCUGGGGUAACGGCGGGAACAGCGCUAAUGGCGGCGGCGGUGGUUGGGGCGCCAGCACCUCGACUGAGCCCGUGGCUAGCACCAACUGGUGA